AUGGAUGUCUCAGAUACGCUUGAUACGUCGAAUACAACGGAUACGAUUAUCGAGAAAACAAAUAAGUUGAAAAUUAGUUCAGCAGUAGAAAGUAAAGAUGAAAGCAGUAAAAACAGUUCAUGUACCUCGAAGGCACCACUUGCCAAAGGUACUUCAUGUUUGGAACAUGGAAUAGGAGUUCCUUCACAGCAGACAAGUACAAAAGUAUAUUAUCAUAUCGAUGACGAAAUGGUGCCAUAUUGUACUGAUGUCAUGGUGCCGCCCGAUAAAAUAACACUUGGUGACUUUAAACGUGUGUUAACACGAUCAAAUUUCAAAUAUUACUGUAAAGCUCCUGCUCCCGAUUCUGGAGUUUUUCCUGAAGUGAAAGUGGAGAUACGUGAUGACAAUGAAUGUUUACAUCGGUCGGCGAAUGGUCAGUUUGAGCUCUUUUUGCUUACAUCAGAAGGUAGCAGUCAUUCUGAUGGUUCUUCAGGCCUUCCACUGAAAAGUGCGCGACUCAUGGUAACACCAACCAUGUAUCCUGUUGGAAGUAUGGCUUAUCGCCAAGCUGUGCAACAAUUUGACCAGAGCAUGGCAUCUACAGAUUCGGAUUCUUUUAUCAGUGACAUGAGAGCUCUACCAAUGCAAGUAAAGGGAAUAUCAAGGCGACCAUUUCCGCAACAGUACAUUUCGCAAGGACACCGUGGAGGUCGACGGUUUGAAGAUUCAACGUUGGGCUCUGAAAGUGACGCACGGUUAUUCUCGGAUGAUGACGACCUUUCAACAUCUACCGACAUCACCAGUGUUUCUCGACAACAUCAUGCACCUGCAUAUCGUAAACGCCGAAAUCGUCGACGAUUUCGUCAACCUUCAAGAGCCUCAUCUUUUAGUAGCAUAACAGAAAGCUCAAUGUCGUUGGAUGUUAUCACAGUAACACUAAAUAUGGAUACGGUGAACUUUUUGGGUAUCAGCAUUGUUGGACAGAGCUCGUCUCGUGGUGAUAAUGGCAUUUAUGUGGCUAAUAUUAUGAAAGGUGGUGCCGUGGCAUUAGAUGGACGAAUUGAGCCAGGCGAUAUGAUUUUACAAGUAAACGAUAUUUCGUUCGAAAACUUCACGAACGAUCAAGCAGUUGACGUUUUGCGUGAAUCAGUUGCACGGCGAGGACCAAUUAAGUUAACAGUAGCUAAAAUGUGGGAUAGUGGACCAAGAAGUGCGUUUACUGUUCCACGACAUCGAGAUGAACCAGUGCGACCUAUUGAUACCCAAGCCUGGAUACAGCACACCAAUGCUAUGCGAGGAAUGCCAUCUAUCCUCGAAGGCGCUCCAACUCCAAUACCUGGUCAGUAUGGUCGACCUGCAAGCAGCAGCACUGCAACAUCGAAUGGUUCUGUUCCGAACACUAUUGUUGGAGGAGCUCAUUUUCGGUUAGAUGCUAUGACGGACAAGAAAAAAGUUGUUCAAAUGAUGGUUAUGCCAAAUUCUGGCUUAGAUAUUAAAAAUCGCACAUGGCUUAAGAUUCCAAUUCCGAUGUCUUUCCUUGGCAGUGAUUUGGUUGAUUGGCUGAUGGAACAUGUUGAUGGGCUCCGUGAUCGAAAGGAUGGACGCAAAUUUGCUGGCGAGUUGUUGAAAGAGAAGUUAAUCAGUCAUGUGGUCAAUAAAAUUACUUUCACUGAACAAUGUUACUAUAUUCUGGGUGAAGAAUGUGCUGAUUAUGCACGCUUGCGGCAGAAUCCUGGCGGCGAUGAUCCGGGUGUUCGAAGUGAAGUGGGUUCAGUAUUGCCACCACCACCACCAGGACUUGUUGCUGCUGCUGCAGCACAGCAAAGUGGACGUGCUUGGCCUCAGCCAACGAUGAUACCGCAGAGUGCACCUUCAAUGGUAAGUGGUUAUGCAUCAAUGCCGUUAACACUAUAUCCAAAUCAACAACCAUACGUUGCAACCAACGUCGCUAUACCAUACAAAGGUGCUGAAGCUACCGGUUGUGGUCCAGAUGUGCACAGUCAAACGAGUAGUAACGAUGGUUCAAGUGGAAGCGAACAGAGACGGGGACGUGCAAUUUUACCACCUGUACCUAUGCCAUCAGCUGUUCAUUCAACUGCGUUUUCAUCUAAUAUUCAAAAAGGGACAUCAGUAUCAUUAGCUGCAGGUUCAUCUUUUGGAAUGGUAGCAACAAAUCGUUUAGAAGAAAUGCCACAUGAUUUGGCAUCCAGUCGACAAAGUUUUCGAAUUGCAAUGAGUCAACCGUUUGAAUUCUUUGUUGAUAAUUUAUAG